UUCUCUUAUAAUGAGACCACAGUCUCCCAAAUUUUUUCAAACUCAGACUAUUGCAACAACUAGAGUUGUCAAUUCCCCACCCAAAGACAAGCGUCAUGAUUCUUGUGGUAGAUUAGCGAAGGUUACAUCCUACUAAUCAAGGCCCAAAACCACUCUCACCACUACUACAUAUAGACCUGUGAUAGAGACUAGGACUGUAAAGUUGUGUACAGAAAAAAAGUGUUAAGGACAUGUAAACAAUCUAUUAAUGCUAGGAAACCUUAAUUGAUUAAUUGACAUAAGAAAAUAAUAAAUUAAAUUAAAGAGUAAAUGAACUUUAAAAUGAAUUAGAUCAGUAGGUAGAGAAAUAUGAUAACGAAUAAUAAGUUUGGGUUAACACAAGUUUGGAAACUGAGAGUAAGAGAAAACUACUAGAAGAAACCCAAAAAAAUCACUAGCAAGAAGUCUCUUAUCUAAAUUCAGAGCUUAAUACUUUUAAAUCAUAGUUCUAAUAUCAAGAUGACUAAAUCAGAUUCUUAUCUUCAUAGUUAAAAUAGUAGGAAGUACUUGAUAACAAAAUUGCUCUAUUGAAUUCUGAGAUUGAAAGACUUCAAUAUGUAAUUGAAGAUAAAAAUGAAGGCCUUUCCCAAUUGAAAUUUAGAGUUCAAGAUUAUGAAAAGCAAUUGUAAGUAGGGUAAAAUGUGAUUGAAGAAAGGAACCAUUAAAUCUAGGAAUUUUAAUAGAAAUAUAAUAAUUGCGAACAAGAACUCCUAUUUUCAAAUAACAUAAUCCAUGAGCUUAAAUUUGAAAUUACACAAAAAGACUCUUAAACACAGCAGAUGCUCGCUUAAAAGGACUCCUUAAUGUAAACAUUCAGAGAGAAUCUUGAAUUAUUAGAAUAGAAAUUAGCGUAAUCUCAAUAAAAUGAAUAAUUAUUGUAAGAUCAAAUUUAGAGGGAAUAUAAAGAAAGGGAAGAUAUAAGCAAUAAGGUUCAAAAACUUGAAACAGAAUUAAAUGAAUACAGAGAAUAAAACUAUCAAUUAAAAUAAUAAGCAAUCAUCAAUGAUCAAACUAACAAAAUUCUACAGAGUUAAUUAAUUCAAUAGACUUAAAAUCAUUAGAACUAAUUGUCAAGUAAAGAUAUUGAACAUGAAUUAACAAAAUAAGAAAGGGAAGAUUUGGGCAAUCAAUUAUUAUAAACUAAAUAAGAAUUAGAAGAUAAAUCGAAAGAACUUGAUGAUUUGAAGGAGAUGUAAAUAUGCUUGAAUUCUUAAUUAAAAGAUAAAAUUAAUGAAUUAGAUUAAAUAACUGAAGAAUUAUAAAAUACUAAAACUAAAUUAGAUAAUUUUGAUGAGUAGAUUAAAACUUAAUAUUUAAAAUUAAUCUAGAAUGAAGCUCUCAGUACUGAAUUGAAAGAUGAUCUAAAUUUAAAGUCAGAGAGUUUAUUAUAAUUAGAAAGAUAACUUGAAUCUUAAAUAGAAAUUAAUAAAUCAUUAUAAAAUCUGAUCUGCGGAUUAAAAUAACAAUAUACUGAAUAGUAGGUUUAAUCAGAAGAAUAGCAAAGAUAGAAUAAUGAAAAAAUACAGGAAGCAGAAAAUUAAUAGUCUUAGUUAAAUGAUUAAAUAAGUUAAUUAAACAAAGAGUAAAAUCAUUUAUUACUUCAAAUAUAAGAUCUUCAAUCAUCUUUAUUAAAUUUUAAAUAGGUCUCAUCAGAGUAAAUUAGUUACUUAUAAUAAUAAAAUGAGAAUCAUAUUUUAAGUGAGGAAGCUUUAAAAGAAGAAAAGUUAUUGUUACUAUAAUAAAUAUUAAUUAACUGCUUUGAAUUAGAGAGAUUACAAAUAUAAAACAGUCAAUAAUAAGAAUAAUUCAAUUCUUAAAAUGAAAAAUUGUCUCGACUUGAGAAAAUGAAAUAGUUACUAGAUGAAGAUUUCUAAAAAUUCAAGGAAAGUAGUCUUCAAGAUAGUUAGAAUUAAGAUACAAAAAUAAUUUAGUUGUAAUAAUAAAUAAAUGAAAAUAUUAAGUAAAUUGAUAGUCUAAAAAAUGAUUUGAAAUAUUAGCUUUCUUUAGAAGAAGAAUUAAAUAAGAAAAACCGUUUCUAAUAGGAUUAGAUCUCUCACCUACAAGGUGUUGAGUAAUAGUUGAAAUAUUUGAAUGAACAAACUAAUUUAUAGACAAAACAUUUAUAAAAAGAAUUCGAAAGCAAAAUUGAAUCUGAAAGUUCAUUAAGAUUCAAGUUGGAGAAAUUAUUAGAGGAACUUAGAAUAAAACAAAUGUAAUUAGUAGAGAUGGAUUCUUAAAUGAGAUAGAUGGAAUAACAUAAUAAUAUUGAUCUUUCAAACUUAGAGGAAAGAAUUAGUUACUUAUAGAAUGAAGUGGAUACUUGGAGACAAAAGUUCUCUAUUUUAAAUAAAGAUUAUCAUAGAGUUCAAGAAGACUUGAUGAUGCUUCAAGCAGAGUUUGAUGCAUAUAAGAAAAGAGGUUUCGAUAUCAAAAACAUCAAAGUAUUAAUUAAAUAUCUAUAUUUAAGGAAUCCACCUAUUUUGAAGUCAGAAAGUCAUCUUUGUAUAAAGAGAACAUUGACAUAAAGGGAAGUUAGACUUCAAUAGGAAGACCUCUCAGAGAAAAUAAAUGAC